CAAUAAAAACCUUGUCUCUACAUCUGUAGUAACCGAAUCUGUUACGGUCGCAUCAAAAUGGGUACAGGCGCUAUAUAUUUUUUCCUGGUUGGUUUAAUUGUAUUGAUAUAUGUCUCUGAAGCCACUAGUAACUUGUAUAGCGAUCCAAGGGCACACUAUUCGGAACCUCCUAAGCACGUUUGUGACGACGGAGCGUGUGAUGCUAACGAUGGCCCUCUGAUGAUUGGAAGAAAGCAAGGACUUACACGGCUAGACGGUGUGAAGGUUGGCCACACACAAGAGGUCGAUCUUGGCGACGAUGGGAGGAGAACACUAAUUACUCGGGCAAUGCGUCCAUUGUUGUUUGAAAUCCCCGAUUUUCUGUCAAGCGAGGAGUGUGAUCAUAUCAUAUCGCUAGCCAAUCAGAUUGGCAUGUUCAGCAGCAUGGCGAGAGGGGGGCUUACGAAGCUUGAGACCUGGGAGUUCACGUCUGACCUCAAAGGUAAAGCUAGCGGACCACGUGGCGAAUACAAAAGCUGGGAUCAAAACAUGGAUGGCAAGAUCACAGUACCUGAGAUAGUUAAGUUUGCUCAGAUACAGAGAUACUUGUACUUAGAAGAAGACGAAAUUCGUCAAAUUUUCACCAGACUGAACAUGACAGAGUUAAACGACGACGUGAUAACCCGAGAAGAGUUUGACUCGAUGAAUAGCAUGCUACUAGACGGGUUUUUAUACGAGUUAACUCGUCGUCACCCGAAGCAUCGACAGCGGUUUAGCGACCAGCAGUGGCUGAACCAGAAAGACAGCGACACCGUGCUUGCUCGACUACUGGAAAGAGUUAGAGCACUGACUAAGCUCUCGAAGGAAAUCAUUUACGGUAGUGAAUAUCUUCAGGUGGUGCAUUAUAACGUUGGUGGCCAUUACCACACACACUACGACACCGAAACGCACACACAACCGGAAGUCACGUGCUGCCAUCAGACCUAUGUCAGCGAUCCCGGCAAGCUUCACUCGGGAAAAUGUAAACUUUGCAGAUACAUCACAAUUCUUUACUUUUUGAAUGACGUUGAAGAAGGAGGAGAGACAGCGUUCCCAUUUGCAGACAACGGAACUCUGAAUGCAAAUCACAUUGUUAUGAACCGCGCAGAAGGCCGUGACUUGCACAACCUGAACGAGUUCUGUCACGAGGCGAACCUUGUGGUGCAACCGCGCAAGGGGACAGCUAUCAUGUGGUACAACCAUCUGCUAGAUCCGCGCACUGAUUGGAUGGGAGAUCGUGACGAGUUCAGUCUUCACGGCGGCUGCGCAGUAAAGAAGGGACACAAGUGGAUUGCGAAUAACUGGAUCACGGCGCCGUACCCACAUGGGGCGCACGUGAAGAGUGUGUACCUGCCUUGGGCCAUUAAUCAGGUUGGCGAGGAGAUAGAAGAUAUUGGAUAAGCUAUUGGUUUUGCAAGAAAAGAACUCAGACAAUAAUUAAUUUAAAAGUUCUCCCCUGCAUUCGCUCACAUUUUUCGAUAAGGGUCGGAUAAGGUGGGUUGAACCAUUUGUUCGUUUUUAUGUGCGCGCGCAAAUUACUGUACCCGCGACGAAGGGCAGAUGUUUUGCGCGCAUUACUCUAAAAACAGAGGAAAAUGCGACCGAAAAGAUGAAAAAAAAGAAAUAAAGAAGGUCGUUAAAAAAGGAGGAAAUGUGCAACUCUCUGCAGGAGAAUAUAGAAUAAGUGUAAACAUUAUUUGAUAAUCUUAAAUAAAAAGAUAAAUAACAGAAA